UGUGUACGGACUGUGUCUGCACGACGGUUGGUGAGCGCUGAGCAAGAUUAGUUCCGUUCAGUUUGGGGGAAUCUGCCACACUUCCGUCACAAAAAUCAUGUCGGGACUCCUGAGACACCGGCCCAGUUCAAAAUCCUCAGAGAGUUUGUGCCUCUCUGUUAACGAGAAUGUUCUCAGGCAAUGUCGCUUGCUCUACACGGACGCAAGUCAGGGGCUGGUGGGAAUCGCCAAGCAGCUGGGGCUCAGACUCUUGGCUCCACGGAAUAAAAUUACAGUCAUGCUGAUGGGCAACCAUUCAGCUGGGAAAAGUUCCUUCAUCAAUUGGUACAUUGAGGAACAUAUACAGAAAACAGGAGUUGCAACCGAGACGCAAGGAUUUACAUUUGUCACCAGUGGAAAGAAAAGGGAGUCACUCCUGGGCCAUGCUACAUUACAUCUCUAUCCACAAUUCCAAGCUCUGGAACAGAUUGAAGGAGUAACAGACUAUCUGACGACUGAGAUCAGCACCUCAAAGCAGAAAAUGUUUUUCCUGGUGACCUUCAUAGAUACCCCAGGCCUUGUGGAUGGAGACAUGUCCUAUGAAUUCGAUGUGGAUAAGGCAUUGGUCUGGCUGGGUGAGCAGGCGGAUCUGAUCCUUGUCUUCUUUGACCCUAUGGGACAAGCCUUGUGUAAACGCACGCUGAACGUUGUAGAAAAGAUAAACGAGAAACAUGGCGAGAAACUGAGAUUCUACCUCAGCAAAGCUGAUGAGGCCGGACGUGAGAGUGACAGACAGAGAGUAAUGAUGCAAAUAGUGCAAGAAAUAUGUAAAAGACCUGGACUCAAUAAGUGUGGCUUUGAUAUGCUGAACAUUUACAUUCCAGAUCCAAACAAGCCGGCUCGUUGUGUGAAUCAAAUCCAAGAGGUCUGUACAACAAUUGAGAAAACCAUUAACCGAACAGUCCAGAAUACUCUGAACCAACUGGAGAAAGAUUGUGAAUUGAUCAUUAACACAGCCGAGUGGAAACUGCAGGACAGCAGUGAGCAGGCCUCGAGGAACAGGAGAGCGUGGAUCAUGUUGAUGCUUUUCAGCGCCCUAGUAUACCUGCCUCCAUUAUCACUGCUGACAAGUUUCAUCAUUUCAAAAACAUCAAGAGAAAGCCUCACGGAUAUCAUUGGCACCGAGAUGGCGAAUAUUUUAUUCAUCUGGGCGUGGUGUGUUUCUACGAUCUGGAAUUGGUUAACUGCAGAAAGUUACCUCCUGGCUGUGAUCAUGUUGGCCGGAUUCAUGCUUGUCUCAAAGAUCCUUGCAAGGUGUUGCAAUUGCUCAAAACCGACCCUAUCAAGGAAGGAGAGAAAGCAACUUCGAGUAAAAUGCGAUUAUGUCCAACGUUUUGUGGUUGGAAAAAGGGAGCAACUUUAUGAGAUGUAUCUGCAACAGUGCAUAUCGGAACAGGAAAUAGAUUAAAACAACUGAUUUUUGCUGCAGAGAUAAUGGGGACUGCAGAUGCUGGAGAAUCUGAAAUAACAAAGUGUGAAGCUGGAUGAACACAGCAGGCUGAGCAGCAUCUCCUAAGAUGCUGCUUGGUCUGAUUUUUGCUGCAGCCUGCAUGAAAAAUCUAACAUGAUGUAAGUUCUAGCUCUGUACUUUAAUGAAAAUAUGUUACAAAUACAAAAAUAAACUUGUCACCAUUCGACAGAAACCAGGUAGUCAGGCCUGUCAUAUGCACUUGACUGUUCAAUUCACUAUUUCGAGCUUUGUCUUCUUAUGUGCAGAAAAAUUAUAAUGAGAAUUUCUGACCCUUCUCUGUCUGUUUUAUCAAGAAUUUCCACAUAUUUCAUUCGUCUGUUUGACUAGGGGUCAUAGUUGGCCACACUCUAACCAUCACAUCUGAAAGCCAACGUCUCCGGGAGCUCAGAAAUUAUCAUUUUUGGACUCAACCACAAAUUUUAGAAAAUGCAUUUGUUUUUCUCACCAUUUUAUAAAUUUAUAGCUCUUGCCAUGUCAUUAAUGAGAACUGCAAU